CCGAAGCUCCGACCGAACGCAUUCGCGCGACGCGUCGGCCCCGAAACGAAAUCAGAAUCAGUCUCGCAAUGGCGUUAGUGCAAGGAGGUUGUGUGUUCGUUUAGUUUAUUGCAAACCCGAGCGGACACCGGCCCAAAAUAUUGGCCUGUCUAUACCUGCUCGAAUUACUGGAAACUAUUUCUCGUGAUUCACAACAGUUACCCCGUACUUUACAACGACGGACAGUCAAAUUUUGGUUCGAUAUCCACUCAGGGCAGUUGAUUUCAAGAUCAUGCUCAUCUCUUCAUAGUUCCUGCUACGUUUAAGUGUUUGUGUUUUGUGUACUUUAGUGUUAUUGUGACAGUGUCAAGUGUUGAGUGAUGGAUCCCGGAUCGCCUACCGUGAUGUGGCCGCUGCGGAUGAGCAAGCCUGAUGUGACAGGUCCGGUUGCUCCUGGGGGCGAAGACACGAAGGCUGACGAGAGGUCGCAGUCGCCAUCCCUGGCGGAGCGACUGUCGGCAGCACCCUCGCCCACUAGCCCAGCGCCAGCCAGCCCCAGUCCUCCGCAACACCAGUUCCAAGCCUCUCUGGUCGCUGAGAAGUACCUCCUCCUAGAACAAGUCGAGGGUUCGUCGCUCUGUCGAUGUGUGGAUGUGCGCACACAAGAGGAAUACGUUUGCAAAGUAGUAUCAAGGGACUGUAGUAGCUUAUUACAAGCCCACUACCGCCUCGACGGACAUCCACAUGUCAAUCCCAUCCACGAAGUUCUGGUUGGAGACAAACGAGUCUACCUAAUAUUCCCUCGCUCGCACUCAGAUCUACAUUCGUAUGUCAGAGCGAGAAAGAGGUUACGAGAACAUGAAGCUAGGAGACUCUUUAGGCAAAUGGCGGAAACUGUAGCAGCGUGUCACGAACAAGGAAUCGUGUUACGGGAUCUCAAAUUGCGGAAAUUCGUCUUUGCCGACCCUCAAAGAACGACGCUGAAAUUAGAAUCGUUAGAGGACGCAGUUGUGCUCGACGACCCUGAGGAAGAUCUCUUGCAAGACAAGCGCGGCUGUCCUGCGUACGUGUCGCCGGAGAUCCUGAGAGCUCACCGGACGUACUCGGGCAGAGCGGCCGACAUGUGGUCCUUGGGAGUCAUACUGUACACCAUGCUUGUUGGAAGGUAUCCCUUCAACGAUUCCGAGCACGCGUCCCUUUUCGCUAAGAUAUCGCGCGGCUACUUUGUUGUACCCGAGAUUUUGUCGUCGCGGGGUAAGUGUUUGAUCCGCUCGCUGCUGCGGAGGGAAGCGGGCGAGAGGCUCAGCGCCCGGGACGUGCUGCGGCACCCCUGGCUGGCGAGGGACCCCAGGAACGAGCUGCCGCCACGAGCCGCCGCGGCCAGCUACCGCCUGGUGCCCGACGUGGACUCGGAGAUGGACGUGGACUGUGUCUAACCUGGCCUGCCACCCGACGCGGGCGUCGGACGCUUCCAUAUCCAGCCAGGCAGAAGACAGAUCGGUCUACAGUUAGCUUGCGGUCACUCACUGAAUAUUUGACGUGUUAAGUAUCCCGAGCCAAAAAUUAAGGUCUCUAGCGAGAUUGUUAGUAUAUACGAGCGGCUGGUCCGCGUGUCUGUCACUUUAUUUAUAUAUGUAGUAGAAGUAUCGACUGUAGCGCUAAGAGUCACAUUGUUUGUGCGGAUUUUAUUGGCUACUGUGCGUUCCAUGAAGGCAUAAUUUUGUGAAAUUUUUACUGUUGCAUAUUAAAUUCUAGUUUCCAUAUUUUUUAUUAAUCAUCAUGGAUACAGAGUUGAUAAUCGACAAUCGGAACGCACGUGUCGAGGCUUCUACAGCUGUUAAUGUAGUCUAAAUGUUCGUAAUGACAGAAUAAGUGAGACUGAUAACGCGAUCCAUCUCCGGGGUGAGUUGUCGCCGUCAGUGACGUCACAACACCACGCUGCGACGGGUCGAGUUCUCGAGCGUUAUGUUAACUAUUACUUACGUUAUUUCAUGAUAAGUCUAAUGUAAUCAAUUUGACAUCAGUAUAGAUGGAUAUAUUGCAUUGAAGUUGUCGCAUAGCUGUAGGGUUCGGCUUGUUUCAAUAGAGUUUUACGUUUUCGAUUAUAUAAAUUUAGAACAUUAACGAUCAUCCGAUGUAAUUGAAAUUGUUUUUAUUGAAAUCCUAUUGAAACAGGCCAGUGUGUAUAUAUUGUAUUUAUAUGAAAGUUAUAUCAUUUGUGAUCUCCACCGAAUGUUAUUUAUCGUAUAGUCGAUGCCAUCGUAUACACGUUGCUUCCAUCAGAGAUAUUAUAUUGAGUUAGCGUCGUUGAUUGUAUGUUUUCAAUGAGUCCAGUUGUUAUUCUUUAUAUUUCGCACCACCAUGUACCGAAUAAGUUGAGUUUGGUCUGUGCCAUUUAUUUAAUUUAAUUUAUUGUUGUUAAUCGUACGACAGGCACUUCUUCCUAUUAAAUUAUUCAGUUUGGUACUUGGUGUUAUCGUUGGUUUAAAUCAUUUUCUGUUAAAUUAACUUUAUACAACAAUCGGUUGUUACCAUUUCUGUUAUUGUGAUCAAUUCCGAGUUCUGUAUUUCUUACUUUUAAUAAGAAAGUGUGGCUUUCAAAUAGUCAAGUCUUUCAGUGAUGAAAGCGUUUUGUACAAUACUAGUUGUCUGUAAAUUACUAUUUGUAAUAACAAUUAAUUUAUACAAUUGUAAAUAGAGCUAAGAUAUUAUAAGAUUAUCAAAAAAGGAAGAAUGAUAGAGGGAAUAAAUAAUUUAAAAAUUA